UAUCGAUAGUUUUUCCUCUACAUGUGAAGUAACUUGUAGAAUGCAGAGCCAACUUCCUUUCAAAACUGAAAGCGAAUCCUUCAAUCUGCGUAAUGUAUUCAAGUUGUAAAUUGUGAUUAAUAUGAGAAACUUUAUACCUCGCACCCCCCGGGGACGAAUAAGAGAGCCGGCUGCCGACUGGCUCGCCCCCGCACUGGGCGGCCGGAACAAAUGCGUCUCGAUUAAUCUUCAUGAAGUGGCGAAAUCAAAGACCCGUCCGAUGUGACUUCGAUGUGGCCGGGAUGUAACCAAAGCAUAGAAGCCUCCGGGCUGGGAAGCCGACAACAUGUUGCUCGUGGACCUGAAACUCUUUGGCCUAAUACUAGCCGUUAGCGGAUGCUGCUGCCUGAUCCCGAUUCUCGGGGACACUGACCAGGAGCUACCGCAUCGCAUCUACCGCCUCCUGGACGGACUCUCCUGCGGACACGCGCUGAGUGCCAGCUCUACGUUUGCCCUGCUGCUCUCGCAGUUCCUGAUAAAACAGAAGCUGCGCUACGUGGCACCCACGCGUUAUGAACGCCAGCUCUACUACCAUCUGCUGCACAGGAUGGAGGACAUCCGGGAACGAUCGGGUGGUGUGGUCCAGGAGCAGGGUAUCCAAGGGGAAAUCCUCAGCAUUGCCUUCCAAGGGAAUGUCCUGCUGCUGCCUCCCUCUCUGAAAUUGGGGGAGUUGGAUGCCAACGGGGAGUAUGAGCAGCUGGCAGAGAUCUAUUCGAAGGUAGUGAACGAAGGACAGCUUAACAGGACGUUGUCGGAUAUUUGCCUAAGGGACAUUGUAAACCUAAAGCCGCCGAACUGCAAACUGCUCUCUGGCAAGUGUCUUGAGCUGCUAACUAGCGAUGCUCCUGCCUACGGAUACCAGAGGACUCACCAAGUCCUGCUACUGUACGUGCUGCAGCAUCAGGCAUGUGCCCCACACCAGAGCCCCCCAAAGGUGUACGAGCUGCUGGCGAGGAUUCAGUGCGAUGAGGUUGAGCGUGAACAGAACGCCAUCCGGAGCCUGGGGCUGCCUUCGGCUUAUCGCGAUCUGUAUCUGGAGCAAGCCACCAUCUGCGGGCUAUUUGGCUACAAUGAGUUUGUAAACUGGCGCAACGUAAUGGAAAUUGGCAGCUGGCUGGUUGGGGGGGACCCGCCGAAGGAUAACUUGGCCGAUGACAGCGAUAGUCAGCACAUAAGCGAUCUGGCCUUGGUUUUCUAUACGAAUGCCCUGCUGCUGCUGCACUAA